CCAGGGUUGAAAAGCGUGUUUGAAAAUGAUGGAACACAUUUCACUGUCUCCAGAUUAUGAGCCGACACUUCCUGUUUCAGAGAAGUCCAAUCCCCUGACGCGCAACAUCGACCGAGCUUCGGCCGACUGCAUUGUGAGGACGUUACAGGCCUGUGAUGCUCAGAUGUUUCAAGAACAGACAGAAGCAAGCCACCAGAAGCUUUUGAGCGACCAAGUGGUGAAAACUUUGAUGGAGGUCGCCAAGAGGGUGGAACUCAUUCUCAAGGAUCCUCAGGACAGCCUCGUUGUACUGAGCGGGUGUGGGACUUCUGGUCGACUGGCUUUCCUCAUGGCGACGAGCUUCAACAGAGAGCUGAGGAAGCUGAACCGGAGUUUGGUCUAUUCCUACAUCAUUGCAGGAGGAGACAGAGCUCUGCUUUCCUCCCAGGAAGCUCCUGAAGAUGACCCCAAAUCAGGCACGCUCAGUCUGAAGAAGGUCUGUGAGGGAAAGAAGCAGGUCUUGUUCAUUGGCAUUUCCUGUGGAUUAUCUGCUCCAUUUGUGGCUGGUCAGCUGGACUUCUGCCUGCAGCACCCGGAGGUCUACACUCCUGUAGUGCUUGGCUUCAACCCUGCACAUCAAGCCAAGGAUGAGCCCAUACCUGGCUGCACAUUCACAUUUCACAGUGUGGUUCAAAGGAUGCAGGAGCUUUCCAAAAGUCAAGUGGCCUUCCUCAUCAACCCGACAGUUGGGCCAGAAGCCAUCAGUGGUUCUUCCAGGAUGAAGGGAGGCAGCGCAACUAAGAUCCUCCUGGACGUUGUCCUGUCCGCUGCUCAUGCUGCUGCCUUCACGAACACGCCCGUCACAUACGAAGGCAUCCUGCAGCACAUGAGAGCAUAUGACAAAACUCUGGAUAUCACAUACGCUCAGACCGAGGGGAUAACUGCUCUGGUGGAAGCAGCUGGACGGAGCCUGCGGUGCGGAAGCCAUGUGUGUUACCUGGGCUGGGGCUCUCUGGCUGUGCUGGGCCUCAUCGACGCCAGCGAGUGUGACCCCACGUUUGGAGCGGACUAUGAAGAUGUUCGUGGCUUCAUGAGUGGGGGAUACAGGAAUCUGAGCAACAACGAGGGUCCCCUCACUUCACUGGGUCCUCAGUUUUGCAUCUCACAUGAGGAUUUCCUGCGUUCAGUCCUGCCCUAUCUCAGCGACCAGGACACCAUUCUGCUUAUCUUCACGCGCUCCGACGAUGUCACAGAGGUGGCGAAGUUGGCACGCAGAGUGAGAGAGAAGACGUCCAACCUUCAUGCUGUUUAUCACCACACUGAUGGAGACACUGCAGCUGCUGAACAAGGUGACAUCAGUAACCUGUGUUUAUCUACACUAAACGUCACUUGGCCGACACCUGCUUCAAGGAGCUUUCUACUCAUGCAGUGGGAGCUGUCCACUAAGCUGCUGUUGAACGCUGUGAGCACCGGAGCUCACAUCUUAAAGGGGAAGGUUUACCGGAACCACAUGAUCGACGUGCAGGUCACCAACAGCAAGCUCUACCGCAGAGCCACACGUUUACUCCAGAAACUGUCCGGUCAUCCUGAGUCCAAGUGUGAGGAAGCUCUUUUGAGGGCCAUCUACCGAGUGGACAAGCUGACACUGGACAUCACGUCCUCUGACAUGACCGCACACACACUCACAGCCAGAAAAAGGACCAAGGUGGUCCCUCUGGCGUUGGUCGUUCUGCUGACUGGUUGCGCUCUCUCAGAGGCGGAGUCUCAUUUGGACCAACAGCCAAUCGUAAGGGAAGCUGUGGAGGCAUGGCUCUCAUAAUUGACAUGGCAUGAUGUCAUCAUCGUGCAGAGUCCACGCACAUACAGAAUAUUCAUGUGCUUCCUCUCCGCAGAAAGGUCAGAGGUCAGCUUUAAUGUCUGUGUCAGUUAUUUCGUCACGUUUACCUGGAGGCCUUGAAAUGCAGAACCAUGUUAUACCACUUGUACAUUCAAACCUUAUCGUAGCAACAUGUAAAUGUACUGUCAGUUUGUACUGCACUUGCAAGAAGUGAAAAUAUACAAAUAUAAAAUCAAUCAAAUGCAGUAAUAAAAGUUAAAUUUUA